CAGGAGGACUCACUAAUGGCAACACACAUACGGGGGUUAAAUCAGAAACCAAGUUCAAAUCUCUGGAACAGCUUCAACAGAAGCAGUGGAGGUACGUUCGGUGUCACAUGCAGAUGUUGUGGAGGAACGCCAGCAAUCAAUGUACAUCUGAAGGCUCCAGGUACAGCAGUGGAUAUGUGCUGUACGUGCCGUCCAUUCUGAGCUGCAGAUGUGUUGCUGAAAUGAGGGUUAUGUGAUGCCCGCAGAGACGUCUGGUCUGACCCCUCAUCAGAGCCGAAAUGCCCUCAUUCCAUCACAUCUGUGAGAGUCAAGGCAGAAGAGACUAAAAUAGAGUUGGAGUCUCAAGAGGGACCGAUGCUAAGAGGAAUCCACCAAGUAUAAACACGACCCACGAUCUCUCCAAUUCUCACAGCCACAAGAUAUGAAUCGUGAAAAGUCAAACAGAAACAUCUCAUAUGCAAAGCUUUGUUCUUAGACCCCAAAGGCAAGGCGUUUUAGGAGAUAAACUGUAUAGUUUGGGAUGAAAGCAAAAACUGUGUGCAUCAAGGAUUUUGAAAUUGUCCAUCCACCGUUUAUUUCAAUUGGCUUGUGUCAUAUUUCCUCAGGAUCGGGCUUGCUAUGACAUAAGAACAUUUAACAGGCCUAAACAGAACAGUUAGCAGGUGUUCGAUCUGGAUCAAGUGGACAAGUUCUUGUUCUUUAGAUAGAAAUCCCAUACUAAUUACUGGUUUAAUCGGAUCUACAGUGGCUUUACAUCUCAGAUCACAUUGGAUUUGAUCUCUUGUAGGAAUUUCGAAGGGAUUGUGAAGAACUCUCACUGAACCAUGAAGGAGGAAAUCCUACAGUUUUUCAAUGAUAUAUGGAACCUCGCUUCAUCCAAGCACAACCAGAGCGUCUACAACACGGUGUGCUUGGUAGUGCUUCUGACUCUACCGCUGGUUGUCCUCUUCACAUCUCUGCUGGUGUGCUGUCAUUGUUGCUGCUGUCGUAAUGCCGACGGAUGCCGGUGUUGUUGUCGUAAAGGGGAGACCUCAGUCACAAACAAAACUGAAAAGAAGAACAAGAAAAACAGCAGCCAGAAUAACGAAGACUUGUGGAUCUCCGUCAAAACAGAUCCUAUGAGUAAUGAAAGACUUGCACUGACUAUGGUGUGAACAAUCUUAUGUUUAUUUAUCUUCAUGGUACAUGUUAAGGUACAAAAUUGUUCCAGCAGUGUUUACUUAAAUGUGCCUGAAUGUAAAAAAUUUCAAAGAGAAUUUAGAAAGAAUUUUUGUAUAAAAGUAAAGUUUAAGAGUGAAUUAAUAGGUAUGAAGAUGCUGUAUGGUGUGUGUGAUCCUGAAAGGCUUUCCAAUGACUGAUGUUAGGAGAAAAGAAAUGCAUAUCUUUAAACAGCAAAAAGUAUUCUGUCUAAACGGCCACUCAGGCAUCAUUUACCCUGCAGGUCUUGAUGCCCGGUAUACAGUUUGUUGACUAUUUCCAAUUUUUUGAUGACCCAUAUCUGAUGUCUGUAUUUAUACAUUUGGCAAAACAGCUCAAGGUGGAUGUACUGACUUGGAAAAACUUAGCUGGAAAAGGGAGUACAGAUGGCAUGCUUUGCAAUGGAGGCAGAUGAAAUGAUAAUAGAAGUGUUUGAAAACUGUAGGACUUUCCAUUAUUCCAUUAUUUUUAAAUUGCAUACGACUCACAUUGACAGGAAUAUGUUCACUUACAUGGCAGACACAAAUGAACAUAUCCGAUCUAUAACAGAUUUAUUUCACAAAUGAAUGAGGCCUGAAACUGAUCUGAGAAUUUCAGAAGCUGUGUGUUUUUUCCAUGUUUACAUGUUUGUGGGUCAUAUCUGAUCUGUGCUACAUUGGAGGAAAAAUCUGAAUCGGGUCACUUGAAUUGCAUGGUCGUGUAAUGCAGCCUAACAAACAAGUGUAGCAGCAGAGGAACUUUUCCUUGUUAGUAGUACUCCGCUUAUCUGAAUGUGUGCAACAACUGUAGUGAGUGAGGGUAUCUUUGAUUUAUUCAUUCAACUGAUUUGUUCAAAUACAAAGAUCCAUUCAGGAACUAAACUCGUUAGCAUUUAUAUGAGUCAUUGAAUCAUUUACAUAACCAAUCCAUUCUAAAUUUAUUCUGGAAGAAAACAUAACACUGUUAAGAAAUUAAGAAAGACACCAGUUGAUUAUGUUUUGGCUAUGUUUGGAAUUUGUUAGUUGGCGGAGUGAAAAUACAAUACGGUUUUCUUAAAUGUAAGUUACUCAACAUGAAAUUAUUUUUUUUUAACUGCGGUAUAAAAUAAAUAUCACACGCAACCAUGUUGUUGGUUCUGAAUAUCAGCACCAUUGUGAUUACCUGCAAUAUUCAGAAGAGCAUCGCUUGUUUAACAUUUCUAAAAGGAUCAAAUGUCAGAAAUAUGUCAGAUUUCCAAAGAGCUUACCACAAUUUCAAAUGCUUCUAAAAGCUGCACUUAGAUCAAAUCUUGAAUAAAAACAUUUUCCAAAGAUGCUGUAAUAUACUGAUGUCAAAAACUAGUGAUGCACUUAGUGGGUCGCAACCACUUGUCCUAUACCUGAAAGAUGCAAUGCAUUUAAAAUGAUUUGCUUUAAAUGGCUUCAGAAAUUGAUAGUUUCCUCUCAAAACAAUUUUUCUAUAAAUAUAGCCUGCCUUUCUUUCUGUGAUGAUUCGCCUGAGAUAACCAUUAUUUAAAUUUGUUUGUGAGGUUGGGGGGAGGGGAGUGGCGGGGGGUUUGGGGUUAAACAACACCAUGACACUGGUCUCAUAAUUUCCUUCAUUCACAAUUCAAUGAAAAAAAAAAAUAUUCAUAUUUUCAUAUUUAUAUUUUGAAAUAUGAGUUCAAAACUCAAGACUGCUAGAGACACCAUUAUCAUCACAGUUGUGUGUUAUUGAGCUUGCUGAUAAACAAACUUUGAUCUUCUUGCACUUUUCAGAUUCUGGGAUGUUUGCAUUGCCAUAAUUAGAUGUUUAUGUGGUACUUCAACACAUUCUGAUUAGGCAUGUCAGAAAAUCAUGCAUUAACAUUCAUCAUGCUCUUUUUUUCACUUAACUGCUGUGUUUCACUAGCAUGCAUUUUGGGUGAAGCAACCACUGAAGUAUUCAUUAUGUAAUCAGUGAGGUUGGAUCAUACUUGUCCAUCAGUGAUUUUGGUCUCUGGUACAGCUGUCAAGUUCUGUUUCCUGCACUCUCAUUCAACAUAUGUGAUAGCAAAGCUUUGAUCAGCCCAGUUCUGCAUGAAAAUGAGUGUCAGUUUGUAUGAAUAUGCUGAAGCAGAAUCCUCUUACUCUGUUGUGAUGCAGGUUGAUGCAUGCCGUUUUUUUUUUUUUUUUCA